AUGACCGACCCCACCACCACCAGUCUCACCACAACUUCUCCCACCAAAGAAUCCUCUCGCCGCACCUAUGCGUCGUACAGCGCUAGCAUCAACAUCAAUAUCAACAUCACCAAGGAAGAGGACGGUACUCCUUCUACCGCUGCCACCAAUGAUGAUGAUAAUAAUGCUGAUGCUGAUAAUAAUAAUCAUGAUUCGCCUUCAUCUUCUGCUGCUACUGCUACAAACAAGAAAGACUUGUCCGUAUUGGAAAUGACACGAGACUUGUUUCAAUCGCAAGAAUCAAAAUCUGCUGGAAAAAGCAGUGGCGGGAUUGAUUGGUCCUUGGACAGCGAUGGAGAAGACAACAACAACAAUGACGAUAUUGACAAUGAGAAUGAGAAUCCUGCACAAGAAAAUGACGGCGCAAAAGAGGAAAGCGAAAAGGAAACCGAAUUGCUAGCGACUCAGCCUUCUGUCACCAAACCAACAAUUGCAAACGAUUCGGACACUGCCAGCAUGAGUAGUGGAGACAAUGAUGAUGAUGAGGAUGAUAAUGAUGAUGAACAACGACAAGAAGAAGAGACUCCCGAAACGAGCGAUGAGAAGGAAGUCUCAAAGGGUGAGGAUGCAUCCGAAACUGUCGAAUCAGAACCAUCAUCUGAACUGGUGGCCGCUACUAGUGAGGACAGCAAUGCCGCAACCAACGCAUUGAAAGCGAAGGAUUCAGCAUCAUCAUCACCCAACAAGGAACAGCCGGAAAGCGACAGUGACGAUGACGCAACAGUUGCCAUGGACUUGGAUGAUGAAGAUGAUGAAGCCACCAGAUCCUCGUCCAAGCCACCCUCGUCUUCACUCUUUGACGUUGACUUGUCCGACGAGGACGAUGACGAGGAUAAUGGCAAUGCUGAGAAUGAUGCUAGUAGUGACGACAAGGAGGAAGAGUCGUCCAAGCUCGCCAAACGAGGCCGUGCCAAGCGAAAGCAAAAGCAAAAGCAAAACCCAGUAAAGAAAACUACCAUCCCAGAAGAUAGCGAAUCGGAACAGGAGUUUGACGAUGCUAUGCCGCCUGCUGCUGCUGCUGCUGCUGAAAAGGAACAGCCACCACCAAGUGAGGAGGAUGUGGCGGAAGACGCCGAUACCGAAGACAACGGUCAGCGUCGAUCCCGCCGGACUCCCAAGAAGCGCAACCUAGAGUUUGUCCCAACCGAACCCAGUCCACGAAAGACAAGCAGCACCAGCAAAAAGUCCAAAGACAACCAAAAGAAGAAGAAGAACAAGAAAAAGGCUGGACAAGAACCGGCACAUGAUUCUUUGAUUACCUCCACGGAUUAUCUCUUUUUGCACGCCGACAAGACCACCGUGACCGUCAAGGACAUUUUGAAGGCUCUCGAAGCGGAAUACGAUUGCAAACUCUCCAAGUCCACCCGCAAGUUUGUACGGUCCCAUCUGGUAAGCCUCAUGUCGGGGGAAGUGGAACCAUCUGUGUCGCUAGAUGAUAAUGAAAAUGAUGAUGCCAGCAACAAGCCUUCUAAUGAAGAAGAAGAAAAUGUUGGCGAAGACGAAGUGGAUAGUAAUGAUGACGAGGAAGAUCAAAUCUCCGAGCAAGGCGACGUCGAGUCCGAAUUCGAAGCCGAUGAGGAGGAUAACGACGAUGAUUUUGAGGCGCCAAAGUCCAAAACGAAAAAGUCCAAGAACAAAAAGUCAUCAUCCUCUCCAAAGUCCAAAAAGGUCACCAAGAACAAAAAGAGUAAGGAUUCCUCUCGCUCCAAACCCAAACGCCCCAAUCAACGCAAGGCCGCCAAGGCAGCAAAAUUGGUCGAAGCCAUGAGGCUUCGCAAAAAGCGCAUGGAAGAAUUAAGGGUCCGCAACGAAGAAAUGCAAUUGAAUCAAACAAAGGAGGAUCAAGCACGAGCCGAAAAGAUUGCUGCCAAAUUGGAUACCAAUACGGAUGAACUGAGAAUGCAACGAUUGGAAGACCGAUUGGAUUUAUUGGGAAAGCUUGACCAACGGCGCAUUGUGGUCUUGCUGGACGAGGAUAUUGUACUCGGCGAUCUUGUCAAGAAAGAGGAGACGAAGAAUGAAAACAGUGAAAAUGCCGAGUCUACCGACAUUAAGGACGAAAAGGACGGUGAUGCUUCCAAACUUGCUGAAGAAGCCAAGAGCAGCGAGGAAGAGUCGUCGGAUGACGAGGACUUGGUCAUCGUAGGAGCCACCAAACGCAUCAAGCCCAUGGCUCCCCUUUCUAUCCACGUCAAGGCAAGUGCCAUUGACGUGUUGAAUCGCAUCAAGUCUCCUGAUCGCAAACAACAACAGAGCAAGCAGCGCCAACAACAGCAGAAACAAUUGGCACCAGCGAACAAUGUGCGUGCUCGAUCGGCACUUCGCAACUCUCUCAAGCAAAAACAACGAGCCAUGGGCAACACUUGGUUGGCGCGGGAACUGGGAUACAAGACCGAGCAAGAGCACUUGAAGGAUUGUGAGGAAGCUGCCAACAAGAAGCGGGGACUCACCAUUCUUCGAGAGCAGCAACGCAUCCAGGCGAAUGAGCGAAAGCAAUUGCGGGAGCGUCUUAUUUUUCAAGAGGCCCCUGCUGAUGAUGAUGACGAAGAGAAUGAAGCUAACUUGGAAGAAUCAUCUGCAUCUGCUGCCAAGCCGGAAGAGGAGGACGAAGAAAUGCAAAUGGCCAAGGAGAUUGAACAGGAACACGCAGACAAGAUCUCACCUUCAACUACUGACGAUUCUCCAGCAGUCAGUGAGUCUGGCCCAUUGAAAAAUACAGAAUCGCAAGAAUCAGUAGAUUCGCUUGUGCAAGACACAGAAUUUCGUGACAAGACUCCAAUUCCCGACGAAGAAGAUGGGCCAGAGGACUUUAGCCCUGACUUUUCACAAGAAGACGAAGCCCAACCUUUGGAGUCACCACAGCUACCGGGAUUGCCAGAUACUGAGACUCAAGACGAAGUACAACGCCUCGAGACUCAGCCGCCAGGUCCAGCAGAACUCUCAGUUGAACAUGGAACCCAAGAGGAGACACAACGAUUGGAGACGCAAAUUCCACCUUCCGCGCAAAAGAUGCCUCCCCCAGCAGCUGUUGUCCGUGAAGUCACUGCUGAACCUGGAAAAGAAUUGUCACAACUCAGUGAUGGUGUUGACAAGGAGUCUUUUCAACGAGAAGUUGCCGGUACCACUGAAGCUUCGGAGGAAAGUGCUGAUAUCAAGCCCCAAGUGGCCGAAGGCAAGGACUCGGAGGAUAGUGAGGACGAUGGCGAGUUGGAAUUUGUAGAGGAGAAGCAAGAGAAACCAAAGCAAGAUCGGAACGCAGGGUGGAAGUUGAUGCUUCAAAAGGAGGCUGAGAAGUACAAAAAGCAGAAGCGACGCAAGGGUGGCAACGACCUGGUCGAGCAAGAAGCAGAAGAAGAGGAGGAGGAAGAAGUCGCCGGUUUGGAAGAUUUUGGUUUCUCCAUCAAGAAGAAAAGAAACGGAGAUGAUGAAGACGAGGACCCUGAUUCUUUGAAGGUGGACGAUGACGAUCUCGAGCAUGUUGUCGACGAUGUCUCAGAUGGGGAAGGAGACGAAGAAGCCGGCCGAAUUGCCAGAAAGAAACAAGAGCAGCGCGAGGAGAAGGAAAGGCACAAAGACAUGAUCAGACGCAUGCGCGAAGGUUACGAUGGGCGCCGAGGAGGAAUUGCUGGUAGCGGAGUUGGUGCCCGGGGUAUGCAUCGAUUCGAUCAGUUGGUCGCAGCGGACAACCGAGAGGAUGCCAAACGCCUUGGUCUGUUGAAUGCAGAUGAGUUGGAUAGUGACGAUGAAAAUAACGAGAACAAGAAGGGCGACGUCGAUGAUGAAGACGAUGAGGCAAAACUCUUGGAUUCCAUGCUGAAAGAUCGCUUCUUGCACAGAAGCAAUGUGGAGCUUGAGAACUUUUCAGAUGACGAAGAUGAAGGCGACAAGAAGGAAAGCGAAGAAACGAAAGGCGUGAGCACAGAGGAAAUGACAGAAGCUUCAGAAGAGAGAACACAAGAGCGACUUGCAAAGAGAUUUGCAAAACGAGCAAGAAUGUGUCGACUGGAAGAACAGUAUGCUGACAGUCAAGAGUUCUCCCAGCAACGCAUGAUCGACGAGGACGAAAGCAUGAAGAAGGAACUCAGUCAAAUGAAAAAUGGUCUUGUGCGGAAUCGAAGUACGUCAUCUCGGAGCUCCAUAUCAUCAAAUUCGAACCUUGGGUCGACUAUUCUGAAGCGUCAGAGAAGCACGAGCUCAAACUUGAGCACAUCACUGAAGCGCCAGAAGAGUACUGGCAGUUCUUUUGGGGGGUCAUUCCUUGAUAAGGGUGGUAGCCUGUCAGUUGCUCUUCGCGGCAAUCGUAGUCACAUGAAGCGUAAAACAAGUUUUCUCGGAGGAGAUAAGGCCGGAGACAGCAAGGAUCAAGGUUCUUCGGUUGUCAAGAAUGUUGCUCUCAGUCAUGUUGUGUUCAAGGCUGACAGCAGCAGGUCUAGCUUUUCAAAUUCUGGAAGUAGUUUAAACGGUAAACGAAAGCUUGGAAGCGCUGGGGGCAGCUUCUUUCGCCGUGCUACAGGAAAGAAUCAAUAA